UUAAAUAUACAAACUCCUCCUCUCCCUUCCACUUGUCCUCCUCUUCUGCUUGCUCUUCUCCUUCUCUCAUCUCACAGAGAUCACAACCAAAGGUUCUCCAAAGAUCAAACUUUGAAUUGGCGAGUUUGUGUUUGUUCUUGUGCUUGAAUCUGAAGAUGGUGCUCUGAGAUGUGAGACUGUAUAAUUUUCAAGCCAUUUGAUUAGUAACCAAUGGAAUUCUUUGCUUUUCUCUUCCUUUCACUCUUGAUGCUCUUGUCUUCUUCUUCUUCUUCUUCAAUGGCUCAAUCUAAUGAAGUUUCUGCUUUGAUGGCAUUCAAGCAAAUAUCAAUAGAAAGAGACCCCAAUGGAUUCUUGAAUAGUUGGAGCAACACCAGCAAUGGUUCUUCGAAUUCUCCAUGUUCUUGGACUGGAGUUUUUUGCUCUGUGUCCACUGGUAAUGUCCUCAGUCUCAAUCUCAGUAGCAUGGGUCUCUCUGGGAGGUUGUUCUUAGAUCCUCUAAUGGAUUUACCAACUCUCCAAAUCCUUGAUCUUCAUGGCAAUUCAUUUCAUGGCAAUCUCUCUUACAGCACCACCAAUGCCUCAUCUCUUCCUUGUAACUUACAAACUGUGAACUUAUCAUCAAAUAACUUCUCUGAAACCAUCACCGGGGAUUUCUUAGCCUCUUGUUCAGCAUUGGUGUCACUGAAUUUGUCAACGAAUUCAAUCUCCGGUGCUGUUUUUCCUUUGAAGCCUUCUCUUCAAUUUCUUGACAUGUCUCGCAAUAUGAUUUCAGACCACAGCCUAUUGAACUUAUCAUUGACAACUUGCAACAGCUUGAGUUACCUCAACUUCUCUGAUAACAAGCUUGCCGGAGAGCUAAUCGGUUUUUCUUCUUCUUCUUCUUCUUGUGCUAAUAAUAAUCUCACAGUUAUUGAUUUGUCUUACAAUCUUAUAUCCGGUGCGAUGCCGCCGGAGUUUGUAUCGGUCUCUUUGAAACAACUAGACUUGUCACACAACAAUUUCUCCGGCGAGUUCUCAGUCUAUGAGUUUGGUUCAUGUGAGAGGCUUGAGAAUCUUGAUCUGUCAUUCAAUGGUUUGAAUGGUUCCGGUCUGCCGCCGAGUUUAUCAAACUGCAGGCAGCUAAAGAUACUCGAUGUGUCUGGUAAUAAUCUCGACAGUGGUAUCCCUUCUGCAAUCUGGAACAGCCUCAGCAAUCUACAAAUUCUUUCUUUGGCCAACAAUGAAUUCUCUGGGAAAAUCCCACAUGAACUAGGUGAUAUAUGCGGGAGCCUUGUCAAGCUUGAUCUCUCUGGCAAUAAGCUCACCGGAGAAUUACCACCGACUUUCCUUGGAUGUUCUUCGCUUCAAAGUUUGAAUCUUGGAAACAAUCAGCUCUCAGGAGGCUUCAUUGUGAGUGUAGUUAGCGCCAUUCCAUCACUGAGGACACUGCAUCUUCCUUUCAACAACAUUACUGGUCCUGUACCAUUGCUGUCUCUUUCCAACUGCACAUUGCUUCAAGUCAUUGAUCUUGGAUCAAAUGAAUUCUCUAAAGGAAUUCCAACAGGUUUCUGUUCAUCACUUCCUAAUCUUCAGAAGCUAUUACUGCCAAACAACUUCCUAUCAGGCCCUGUGCCAUCAGAGCUUGGUUCAUGUACUAAUCUCACAAGGAUUGAUCUUAGCUUCAAUGAGCUAACUGGUUCUAUUCCUUUAGAGAUUUGGCGACUCCCUAAGCUUGUGGACUUGGUCAUGUGGGCAAACAAGCUCACUGGAGAUAUACCAGAUGUUCUCUGUGAAAACAGUGAUAGCUUACAGACUCUGAUCCUAAGCUUCAAUGAGAUCACCGGAAGCAUUCCGGAAUCUUUAACCAAGUGUUUGAAUCUGAUAUGGGUGUCACUCUCUGGCAAUAAGCUUGUUGGAGGAAUACCAAACACUAUCAGCAAUCUGCAAAACCUUGCCAUUCUUCAAUUGGCAAGUAAUUCGCUCUCCGGGGAGAUACCGACAGAGAUCGGAAGCUGCCAGAAUCUCAUCUGGCUAGACUUGUACAGCAAUAGUAUCAGUGGACCAAUACCACCUUCACUCGCAUCGCAGAGUGGGAUGAUAACACCCGGCAUUGUCUCCGGUAAGCAGUUUGCAUUCCUUAGGAAUGAAGCAGGGAACAUUUGCCCAGGUUCAGGUGUGCUCUUCGAGUUUGAAGGAAUACGGCCGGAGAGGCUGGCUAACUUUGCAUUGGUGCAUUCCUGCCCAACAACAAGGAUUUACACCGGCACAACUGUAUACUCUUAUACAAAAAAUGGCAGCAUGAUCUACCUUGACCUCUCCUACAACUUCCUCAUGGGAACAAUACCGGAGAAUUUUGGCACAAUGAAGUACUUGCAGGUACUCAACUUGGGGCACAACCAGCUCACUGGAACAAUACCGGAAUCCUUAGGUGGUAUGAAGAUGGCAAUGGCAUUGGAUCUAUCUAACAAUCACUUGACAGGUUUCAUCCCAGGAUCAUUAGGAACACUCACAUUCCUCAGUGAUUUGGAUGUCUCUAACAACAACCUCACUGGGCCAAUUCCUACAUCUGGCCAGCUUACUACAUUCCCGGCUUCACGAUAUGAUAACAAUUCCGGCCUCUGCGGAGUCCCCUUGCCGCCCUGCAGUACUCAUCCUAAUAACAAUGCCUCUGAUCAGUCUCAUGCCAAUAAAAGUAGGCGGUUUUUCGGCGGCAGCGUUAUCAUUGCUGUUUCGUUAGCAGUUCUCAUCAUAAUUCUGCUUAUGUUAGCUCUUUACAAGUUGAAGAAACAUCAAGAGAUUGAAGUGCAGAGGGCAGCAGGUUAUGUCGAGAGCCUCCCGACGUCCGGAACAGCUAGUUGGAAGCUUUCUGGUGUGCUAGAGCCUCUGAGUAUCAAUGUUGCUGCUUUUGAAAAGCCAUUGAGGAAGCUAACCUUUGCUCACCUGCUAGAAGCCACCAAUGGCUUCUGCCCUGGAAGUUUGAUCGGCUCCGGUGGCUUCGGAGAAGUCUACAAAGCCAAACUUAGAGAUGGUUCAGUUGUUGCAGUGAAGAAACUCAUCCAUGUUACAGGCCAAGGAGACAGAGAAUUCAUGGCAGAGAUGGAAACCAUUGGGAAAAUCAAGCAUAGAAAUCUUGUCCCCCUAUUAGGCUACUGCAAAGUUGGGGAUGAGAGGCUCUUGGUGUAUGAGUACAUGAAGUUUGGGAGCUUGGAUGUUGUCCUCCAUGAUAAGACCAAGGGAGGCACCAAACUAGAUUGGGCAGCAAGGAAGAAGAUCGCUGUUGGUUCGGCGAGGGGCCUUGCCUUCCUCCAUCAUAGCUGCAUUCCUCAUAUCAUUCACCGCGACAUGAAAUCAAGCAAUGUAUUGCUUGAUGAGAAUUUGGAAGCCAGAGUAUCGGAUUUCGGCAUGGCUCGUCUAAUGAAUGCGCUCGAUACUCAUCUUAGUGUCAGCACACUUGCAGGAACACCAGGCUAUGUGCCACCUGAGUACUAUCAGAGUUUUCGGUGUACUACUAAAGGUGAUGUCUAUAGUUUCGGUGUCGUACUCUUGGAAUUGUUGUCAGGGAAGAAACCGAUCGAUCCAUUAGAUUUCGGAGACAAUAAUCUUGUUGGCUGGGUGAAGCAGAUGAUGAAGGAGGAUAAGAGCACUGAGAUUUUCGAUCCCGAAUUGAUGAUAAGCAAGUCCGGAGAGAGUGAGCUGUACCAGUAUCUGAAGAUUGCUUGUGAAUGCUUGGAUGAUAGACCUUUCAAGAGGCCAACAAUGAUUCAAGUGAUGGCCAUGUUCAAAGAGCUCCAGAUGGAUAAUACUGACAGUGAUUUCCUCGAUGGUCUGUACAUCGGUAGAAGCAGCACCAUCGAUGAAUCCAGGGAGAAAGCACCAUGAAAAUUUUCUUGCAUUAUUUACAACAUAGAUUUUGUUCCAAGUUUCAGAAAUACAGGUUCAUCAUUUCAUUCACUGUAAAUAGGAAAAUUGAAGAAAUAUCAUUAAAUUUCUUCUUUAAAUAUGUUUUAUUUUUCAUCUGAGUGUUUUUUUUCUGCUGUUCUGAAUAUUUUCUGUUUGUUGUACAUGUACA